GAGAAAGACGAAAAUGUCCACGGCUGGCUCCUUCCCCAACUUCCUCCUUAUCUUGGUGAAAAUAGGCCAGUAUACUCGUACAAUACUCUGCUAGUAUAUUUUUGAGAGUGAGAGAGAUAGGCCUUAAGCCACUGCUGCUGCCUCCUCCGCCAAGAAACCUAGGCGAAAGAUUACGUUAAGGACUCGUGGUAUUGGCUGCUCGACUCACAGAUUAUUCAAAUAUUUCGAGAAUUCGACUCAACAGAUGCUAAACCUUGCACAUGAUUAUUUUCAUGUCUCCCACUAAGUGUUGGAACAAUGAAUUCAAGGUAUAUGGCCCUUUAAAUUUCAAGUCCACUCAUCUUAUCCGUGGGAAUGCAAGGCCACGUGCCAUUCACUUAAGACCAAGGCCGGAUAUUUCGCUGUCAGUCUAUACACUUCACAAACAUAACAGGAGACUAUUUGCGAGGUCUUCAUGGAUCAUGUACCUUACUCAUGCAGUAAGGCCAUGGAUGGUGGAUACACAGCUUCUCGUACAACCUAUCAUGUCUGCUCAAGCUAGAGUGAUUUGCAGAUGGAGAGAACAGUAAGGAAUGCAUGACUGGUGGCUCAUUGUUCCAGGGGCAGUAUCUGAAUGACGAGGCAGACACUGAUGCAUCCGUCCCAAAUAAAACAACUCUUGAUAUUAAAAGAAGUACAGUCUCUAAUGUGAUAUUAACGAGGGAUGAACCAGUAGAGGAACCCUGGCUACUCCAGUAUUCUUCACUUUCCUAUUACGUUGAAGAGUCACAGGUUUCGAAUAAUAUGAUAGAUGGAGAUGAGAUAGAGAAUUUGCAUUGUAGUCCCUUGCUAAAAUUAAAUUACUCCGGCGGUAAAGAUAUUAAUAAGACAUCUAGCUCUCAUGGUACAUUGUCUGAAAGUGACUUUGCCGUGGAGGAGCCCUGGCUUUUUCAACCUGCUUCCUUAUUCCCGUCUCCUGCAAAUGGGGUUUGUUAUGCAUCUAAGAAUAUGGAAUCCUUCAAAGACGAGUUGGAAGAUGUAGAAUGCCACAAUUUGCUUCAGGCAGUCCAGGGAGAGCUGUCCUCCGAAGAAGAAAGUAGUAUAGACAAAGGUUUAAGUGCUUCAGUGGACACACCUACAAGAUCGGCAGCUCAAUUUGAGAGUUUAAUAUAUGAUAGCACUUUUUCUAAAAGAAAUGAAGAAGAAAGUAGCAUAGCUUUGCAAAAAUCUAUAUCGACGGUUAUAUUGAUCAACUCUUCUUUAUGUACCAUGCAAAGAAUUGCUGUAUUAGAGGAUGGGAAUUUGGUUGAACUACUAUUGGAGCCUGUAAAAGAUAAUGUGCAGUGUGAUAGUGUAUAUUUAGGAGUACUUACAAAACUUGUUCCUCACAUGGGCGGCGCAUUUGUAAAUAUUGGGAGCUCUAGACCUUCCCUUAUGGAUAUAAAGCCUAACAGAGAGCCAUUUAUCUUCCCACCAUUUCGCCAAGGUAAGAAGGAAAAAGAUAAAACCAGUCUUGAAAACCUUAAAGAUUACCCAGAGAUGACUGAAAAUGGUCUAGAUUUAGAUGAUGCCGAAGACAUUGAUGACCCUGAGGAGCACGAAACUGAAGAUGUUUCUGUACAAUACAUGCAUGAUGAUUUUCGGGAGCAUGAAAUUGAGGAUGACUUUGAUGUGAUGGAAGAUUUUAGAGAAAAUGUUAAUGGAAGUGUACCUGGUCAUGGGAAUGAGGUUAAGUCCGAUACAUCUUUAGAUCAGUUUGGUGGAGAAGGGCACCACAAUGAAAGUCAGACGACAGGUAAACUUCUUUUGACUGACUUGGGAUUUCCACCCAAUCUGCAGGAUGUGGAAGAUCAAAAAGAUUUGCGAACAGAUAAAAAUAAGUGGGGCCCAGUUCGUAAAGGCACUAAGAUAAUCGUACAAGUUGUCAAAGAGGGAUUGGGUACAAAAGGCCCCACACUGACAGCUUAUCCAAAGCUAAGGAGCAGGUUUUGGGUUUUGAGUACUCAAAGCAAUACCAUUGGUAUUUCUAAGAAGAUAUCUGGUGUGGAGCGUACACGCUUAAGAGUCAUAGCAAAAACUCUGCAACCUCAGGGUUACGGUCUGACAGUAAGAACUGUUGCCGCUGGUCAUUCGCUGGAGGAAUUGCAAAAAGACUUGGAAGGCUUGCUUUCAACUUGGAAGGUAAUUAUUGAACAUGCAAAAUCUGCAGCUCUUGCAGCAGAUGAAGGUGUGGAAGGGGCUAUUCCUGUCCUGUUGAACAAGGCGUUGGGUCAAACACUGUCAGUUGUCCAGGAUUAUUUCAAUGAAAAGGUGAAAUGUUUGGUUGUCGAUUCUCCGCGGACAUAUCAUGAGGUCACCAACUAUCUUCAGGAGAUAGCUCCUGAUCUUUGUGAUCGAGUCGAAUUAUACAGCCUGCGGACUCCCCUUUUUGAUGAAUACAAGGUUGAGGAAGAAUUUGAUAAAAUUCUUAGUAAAAGGGUCCCUCUCUCUAAUGGAGGUUAUUUAGUGAUUGAACAAACUGAGGCAUUAGUGUCUAUUGACGUAAAUGGUGGACAUUGCAUGCUUGGUGAUGGGACUUCGCAAGAGAAAGCAAUCCUUGAUGUCAACCUUACAGCUGCCAAACAAAUUGCUAGGGAAUUGCGCCUGAGAGACAUUGGCGGCAUUAUUGUGGUUGAUUUCAUUGACAUGGCUGAUGAUUCAAAUAAAAGACUGGUUUAUGAAGAAGUGAAGAAGGCUGUUGAGAGAGACCGGUCAAUGGUCAAAGUCUCUGAGCUGUCUAGGCAUGGGCUUAUGGAGAUAACCAGAAAGAGGGUUCGACCCAGCGUUACGUUUAUGGUUAGUGAACCGUGUACUUGCUGUCAUGCUACUGGGAGAGUAGAAGCUUUAGAGACUUCAUUUUCCAAAAUUGAGCAUGAAAUUUGUCGGUCUCUUGCAAUGAUGGAUAAAAAACCAGACCCUGGGAACCCCAAAACAUGGCCAAAAUUUAUAUUGAGGGUGGAUAGGUACAUGUGUAACUAUUUAACAUCUGGAAAGAGGACAAGGCUCGCAGUAUUAAGUAGUUCUCUCAAAGUAUGGAUACUACUAAAGGUUGCUAGGGGUUUUACAAGAGGUUCCUUUGAGCUCAAACCAUUAACUAGUGAGAAAGAUUAUAAAAACCAUCAAAAUGCCAUCUCCAUGUUAAGGCCAACAGAAGGUGGAACUUAUACUCCUAAAGGAAAAGUGACCAUCUUUCCCAUAAAGAAGUGGAAGACCAGGGGGAAAUGAUUUAUUAAUGGUAUUAAUUCUUCUCGUCACAUGUUCCUCUUGAGUUGGCAAUUUUGUAUGAACCAUGUCUGCACGUUGAUAUUAUUAUAUUUCUCCAGUACGUAGUUUUCAACUAGUCAACUCCUUAUCUAAGAAAGAAAGUCUUUAGCAAUGCUACUAGUUUUUUUGUGACAAGCUUACAAAUACAAAUAUUACAAGUCAAAGAGCCCUAGACUGCUAAUCUUGCGAUUUUGUACUCAGCUGGAACCAUGGGGUUUCACUCCCCCAUAUAUAUACAAGACUAAAUUGCACUUUGAUU